AGCCCUACAUCACCAUGCUUAAAAGGCUACUGCAGCCACUCCCGGCACCAGUUGCUGCCCAGCCAGCCCACUGGCUUCCCUGCCUGCCUCUGGCUGCCUUGAAUGCCUGCUUCUUCAAGCCACCUGUUGGUCUGACAAAGCGGGGACCAUGUCUACCUUUGGCUACCGAAGAGGACUUAGUAAAUAUGAAUCCAUUGAUGAGGAUGAACUCCUGGCCUCCCUGUCAGCUGAGGAGCUGAAGGAGCUGGAGAGGGAGCUAGAAGACAUUGAACCUGACCGUAGCCUUCCUGUGGGGCUAAGGCAAAAGAGUCUGACUGAGAAAACGCCCACAGGGACAUUCAGCAGAGAGGCACUGAUGGCCUACUGGGAAAAGGAGUCCCAAAAGCUCCUGGAGAAGGAGAGGCUGGGGGAGUGUGGAAAGGUUGCAGAGGAAGACAAAGAGGAGAGUGAGGAAGAGCUGAUCUUCACCGAAAGUAACAGUGAGGUGUCCGAGGACGUGUACACGGAGGAAGAGCAGGAGGAGUCCCAAGAGGAAGAGGAGGGAGAGGAGGAAGAGGAGGAAGAGGAGGAAGAGGACAGUGAAGAAGAGGAAAGCACUGAAACCCCAAAGGGCAUUAAUGGAACUGUGAAUUGCGAUAGUGUCCAUUCUGAAAACUCUAAGCCAAAGAUAUUCAGGAGUCAAGUAGAAAAUAUAAACCUGACUAAUGCCAGUAGUGGGAGGAGCACAGAGUCCCCGGCUGCCCCUCACCCGUGUGGAAAUCCUACUGUGAUUGAGGAUGCUUUGGAAAAAAUCAAAAACAAUGACCCGGACACCACAGAGGUCAAUUUGAACAACAUAGAGAACAUCACAACACAGACCCUCAGCCGCUUUGCGGAAGCUCUCAAGGACAACACGGUGGUCAAGACGUUCAGCCUGGCCAACACCCAUGCUGACGACAGUGCAGCCAUAGCCAUUGCGGAAAUGCUCAAGGUCAACGCGCACAUCACCAGCGUGAACGUCGAGUCCAACUUCAUCACUGGCAAGGGCAUCCUGGCCAUCAUGAGGGCUCUGCAGCACAACACAGUGCUCACGGAGCUGCGCUUCCACAACCAGAGGCACAUCAUGGGCAGCCAGGUGGAGAUGGAGAUCGUCAAGCUGCUGAAGGAGAACACAACACUGCUGAGGCUGGGGUAUCAUUUUGAGCUCCCAGGGCCAAGGAUGAGCAUGACCAGCAUCUUGACAAGAAAUAUGGAUAAACAGAGGCAAAAGCGGAUGCAGGAGCAAAGGCAGCAGGAGGGAUAUGAGGGAGGAGCCAAUCUUAGGACCAAAGUCUGGCAAAGAGGAACACCAGGCUCUUCCCCUUAUGCAUCUCCUAAGCACUCUCCCUGGUCAUCCCCCAAACUCCCCAAGAAAGCCCAGACAGUGCGGAACCGACCUCUAUCUCCUGCGGCCCCUCCUCCUCCUCCCCCUCCCCCUCCGCAAAAGCUGCCUCCUCCUCCACCUCCUCCUCCUCCUCCACUGCCAGAGAAAAAGCUCAUCACGCGCAACAUCGCAGAAGUCAUCAAACAACAGGAGAGUGCCCAGCGGGCACUACAAAAUGGACAGAAAAAGAAAAAAGGAAAAAAGGUUAAGAAGCAGCCAAACAACAUCUUAAAGGAAAUAAAAAAUUCUCUGAGGUCAGUGCAAGAGAAGAAAACGGAAGACAAUUCCCGACCUUCUACCCCACAGAGAUCAGCGCAUGAGAACCUCAUGGAAGCCAUUCGGGGAAGCAGCAUAAAACAGCUCAGGAGGGUGGAAGUUCCAGAAGCUCUGCGAUAAAAACAGUCCGGAGAAGACGGGCUCAGGACUGUUGAGUGGUGUUUAAUGAGAUGCGCUGUGAGAUAGUUCUAAAAUACCCUCCUUAACGUGCAAUGUUCCCUGCCUUUAAAGCUAGCCUAACCCGGGAAUUCCAAAGAGAAUUUUAAGAGACAACAGCAUGUUUCUUCUGUAAAUAUGAAAAUAAACUUCUUUUUUAUGACAGGAGAUUGUUAUGGGCAGGGAGUGGUGAAAGGUCCUCUCCGUAUUUCCGGAUGUACUGGUGACUCUGAGCUGUAAUGAAUUAUAGAAAUGUGAUGUUAUUUUUGUAAUCCUAAUAAAUUUGGAUUGAAGGUUUAUUUUCCUUUUUUAAAAAAGCCAAACUAAUAUUUUUCUGAGUUGAUACAUCUGUCAAGUAUGUAUGUAAUAUUUCUGAAUAUUAAAAAUGUUUUCACCCAAAAGUA